CACCUCAAGUCAAAGUCAAGCAAGCCGUGAGUUGGGAUGGGCGGCGUCAACGACAGACAACCUUAUUUGUUAUGAACGUGACAGCGUUCAGUUUUGAAAGGAAAAAUGACUAAGUUAAUACAAUUGUUAGGUUUAAUUUUUAUCAACGGAAUUUGCCUAUGUUCUAGUUAUUCCAAUAGCAUAGAACGUGAAAAUGUUAUGUCUUGGUGUACAACGAGUAAAGAAGAACAAAGAAAGUGUCAACACCUGGCCAUGGUUGUAGAAAGAGACUAUCAUGAUUUUAGGGAUUAUUUUAUGCAAAUACAGUGUAAACAGGCAUUUAACAUUGAUGAAUGUAUGACAAUGCUGGAUGAAGAAAAGGCUUCUAUUACUUUGGUUGAUGCUGGUGAAGUUUUUGUUGGAGGGCGUUAUCACAGUUUGGUGCCUAUCAUGCAAGAACGCCUCACAGGUGGUCAAAAGUUCUACUAUGCAGUUGCUGUGGUGAAACGUGGGUCACUUUUGGAUGUGGGCCAUCUAUCACAUUUAAGGGGGAAGCGGGCAUGCUUUGGUGGUGUAGGCACUCAAGCAGGGUGGGUGUUGCCCGUGUACACUAUGAUGCAGUAUGGUGGCAUGCAAGUUAUAGACUGUAACAAUCAUGUCAAAUCAACUAUCAACUUUUUUGGCCCAAGCUGUGCUGUUAACUCUCUAAUUGACAAGUACAAUCCCAUAGGUGAUAACUCUGAUCGUCUAUGUGAACUGUGUACGGGCAAGGUGCCUGGUGGGAAAUGCACAAGCCAUGAUCCCUACGCUGGCUUUGAAGGUGCAUUUCGAUGCCUUGUGGAAAAGGGUGAUAUUGCUUUCGUUAAGCAUACUACAGUUGCUGAGAUGACUACUUCAAAUGUUGACUUUCCUGGAGUUAAAAAAGACAAUUUUGAGUUGUUAUGUGUUGAUGGAUCAAGAAGACCGAUAGAUGACUUCCGUUCUUGCAAUUGGGGACCUGUUCAAUCUCAUGCUAUUGUUACAACCAGUGCUAAAUCACCAGAUGUGAGAAGAUUGUAUCAAGACUUUUUACAGAGGAUUGUUCAGCUGUAUGGAAGAAGAAUUAAUUCUACUAUACCAUUCAACCCACAAGAUCCAUUCAAUAAUCCUGCUAACCGUGACUUCAACAGUGAUCCCUUCUAUGCAAAUCGAUUUAACCAAACAGGGCCCCCAUCAUUACCACCCUCUCCAGGUUUUGCACCAGAUCCAUACCGUCCUUUCAAUCCCAAUGUUCCCCCACCUGGCAACUACGACCCUCGCCGCCCAAUCAAACGAGAUACGGACAAGCAACAAAUGAAGAGGCAAGUUCCUGCAUUCCCUCCUCGACAGACCAGCUAUGACCCAAAUGACCCCUUCUAUAAUGGACCUGCUGAAGAAGCAUACCGUCCUCCUGCUCCUCAUGAAUCAUUUGAAUUAUUUUCUUCUGCGCCUCGAUAUGGCAUUCGCCACAACCUGCUCCUUAAUGAUAAUGUUGAAGAUCUUCUCCCCCUUGAUGAAUCCCAUCAAAAUUAUGAAGUGUACCUUGGCCCUGCUUUAAAGCAAAUAUUGGGUGUCCGUCAGUGUCCUGUGAACCGAAUGUCUUUGUGUGUUACUUCCAAGCCAGAAAUGGACAAAUGUAUUAAAAUGAGAACAGCUCUUAAAGCUCAGCUCCUGAAGCCUGAAAUGGUUUGUGUCAAAGGUCACAGCCAUAUUCAUUGUAUGGAACAAAUACGUUCUGGCACAGCAGAUGUCACUGUUUUGGAUGCAAGUGAUGUUUAUACUGGUGGUGUUAGGUUUGAUCUAAUUCCAUUUAUCGCCGAAGUUUAUAAUUUGGGACUACCAGAUUAUUAUGUUGUUGCUGUUGCAAAGGAGCAAGAUCCCACAACUGAGCUGACAUUCCUGAAAGGAAAAUACACCUGUCACACUGGAAUGAAUACUGCUGCAGGGUGGGUUGUUCCAAUGGCUUAUCUCAUGUCCAAUAGCUGGAUUAGGAGCUAUGGCUGUGACUCAGUGCGCACUGCAGCAGAGUACUUUGGAAAGAGUUGUAUUCCAGGCGCACUAUCCAAUGAAUACAACACAGGUGUGCCCUAUGACAAUAUGUGUGACCUUUGCCAUGGAACAAGUUCUAGUUACUGCAGGAGAGACGCAUCUGAAGAUUUCUAUGGCUACACUGGUGCUCUGAGAUGUUUAGUGGAGGGUGGAGGUGAUGUGGCGUUUGUCAAGCACACAACUGUGGCUGAAGUGAGUGAUGGAAAGCGAGACGAAUGGUGGGCACGUAAUGCCCUGAGUGGAGAUUUCGAACUUCUGUGCCCAGACGGUCGGCGCAUGAAUACUCAAGACUACAAAAAAUGCAAUUUAGGAAAGGCAAAGGCUAAUGCUAUUGUAACUCGAGGAGGAGAAGGUUACAAUGAAACUGAAGUUAACGCUUUCAUAAAUCUUUUCGUUUAUGCACAGCAAUUUUACGGGCGAAGGGACACUGAUGAAUUCAGCUUUAGCAUGUUUUACUCUCAACCUCCCUACUCUGACCUCAUCUUCCAAGAUGCUACUCAGCAACUUCUUGUUUUAAAUUACUCUCAACGCCAUUAUGCAUCCUAUGUGGGGAAAGACUUUUUAAGAGCACGAAGAAUUGUUGACUGCCAUGCUGGAGCAAAGAGCAUCACAUCCCAUACGGUUUCUAUUAUUUUAAGUAUGGCUUUAGCUUUGAUUUUUAGUCACUCUUACUGAAGUGGGUUUAUUACACUGUAUGUGCAGUGGGAAUCACAUGUGUUUUGGUCCAAUUUCAAUUUGGUCAAAUUUUCUAUCUUUCUAUUUUGUUUGUUUUAAAUCUUGGAUCUCAUUUACUAGUGGAAAUUACUCUUAUUUCUAUGAAACUAACUGACCAUAGAGAGACUAUUUUCUCCAUACUUAAUAUGCUCUAUUUAUAAAAACAAAACCACUGUGCUUUGAGUUUUGCAGAUGGUGGCAAUAUUUUUUAUUGCUGCAAUCAGAAUUGAAAAUAAGUGAUGUGUGUGAACUUUUCGAGAAUAUUUUCUGCACAUUUUAAUGUAAAUUUGCACAAUACCUUUCUAUUAACCCAACCCAUAUUGCCUUGUUCUACUGUUAUAACGUUCCAUGAAGGUUUAACGUUGUUUGUAUGAACCCUGUAAAGUAAUCCCGCUAAAGACACUUUAAGCGGGAUUAUGCACUAACUGAGCCCGUAGUACCGGCUGUCAUUUGACGCAAAUGACAACUCUUUAGGGCAAGAAAGACUUCCCUUCGGCCUAUUGUCUUUGCAAAACCUGCUCACAAUGUAUUUUUUUCUACCCACUAUGUCUUAUAGGUGUGGUCAGCAUAUUGUGAUCCCACUCAAAAGUAAUAUACGGACCGAUUUGUGCUAACAAGGUUACAUUUACCAUGAGUGCCUUCUUGUAAUUUCAUGUCUGCUGUAAGACUGACAACUACCCAACUUGUUCAAGAUCAAAUCCAUUACAAAGAGUAUAAUGUACUUUUAUCUUAGUUAUCGUUAUUAUGGCAAAUAAUAACAUUUGGGCAAAGAAAUUUUAUUUACCAUAGAUCUAAAGAUGUUAAGAUCCUGAUUGUAAUUUGUUGUCCUUAAGAUUACAACUAUGAAAAUACCAGUAUAAAAAUGUAAUCUCAAAUUGAAUUGUGCAUGCGUCUUGAUGUAUGUGCCGGUAGUUUCUAUCAAAUUUUUAAUGAAUUAUUACAUUGUGUAUAGUAUUCAUAUUAGAUAUAAGACCAUACAGAGUAAGCUGUAGAUAUUUACUGUAAGUGUUUUUUUGUUCUUUUUUCUUUGUACUUGCACUACUUUGACGUGUAAUCAAUGAUAUGUAUUUAACUGUCUUCUCAGACAAUAUGCCAUUUUUGUAGUAGUCUUUUUACGUCUUUUUAAUGUCUAAACGAAACCGUCCAGAUUUCAUAUUUAGAAUAGGGAGAAGAAAAAAAUCCGUCCAAUUACCGCAAGAUAAUAGCAUUCAUCUUUCUAAUGCCUUAUUAUGCAUGCAUUUGGUCAGUGCUGCUAACCAAUGAAUUACUGUAUGCAUUUCUUUAUUUUAUUUUUGUUUUUAGAUGUGAUAUUUCAAUGACUUUAACUUGGAGUAUGUCUUCCGUCCAUUGUUUGACAUUCCCAAUGAAUCAUUUAACAUUUUUGUAUGAAUUUUAGAACCAUUCCUGUUUGUUUCAUAUACAUCUGAUAUUCAUUAGAAUAUGAAGAAAGUACAUAAAGCAAUAAAUCAAUUUCUAUAAGAACCAA